AUGAUGCGGCAGAGGCGGCACGCAGCCCGUGGCGCUGGCCUUGUGCUUACUUCGCUGGCCUUUCCGUUGUGGAAAGCGCUUCCUGCCAGCUCAGCGACAAGCCCAGCCUUUCUUGGCGGACCAAUACCCGGAGGACCUCGACAGCCAAAUGGCUUUCUCGUAGCGAACAGACCUCAAGUACGAGGCAGCGUCGCACGGAUCACUCGGUCCGCAGUCUUCAGCGUUAUAGCUGAGGAAGUGAACAAUCGGCCAGUCUUUUUCUUUGGAGAGGUGUUCAUCAUUGUUGUGUUGUCGGCAGCCUUUGAGAAGGCAGAGAAAUGGAUUCGUAAGGAGCUGAAAGCCAGCGGUGACACUACGGGACGUGAAAUUCUUGAUGCCCUCUUCCGUGAGAUUACCAUUCUGGGUUUCAUCGGCCUCCUCCUAUUUGUUCUGACGCACUUGAUACCAGAAGAUGCCCCUUUGAUAUACUUGGGUUCGGAUGCAUACAACAUACUGCCAGAAACCUUUGAGUAUGUCCACAUGGCAACAUUCUUGCUUCUGGUCGUGCUACUAUUUCAAGGGUUCGCUGUCCUAAGACUUUCGCGUGACACAGCACGAACAUGGGCCUACUACGAAACCACCCGCGCCUUCGGGAAAGAUCCAUUGUCAAUGGAAUCGCUGCUGGUUUCAGAAGGCUACUUGGAGCGAUCUGCGUCUGACGCUAAGUCGCAGACUGAUAUUGAUGAGUCUAAGAUUGAGCUGAGAAUGCUGAAGACAUUUUCCUAUGGUGAUACAAUUCUUGAACGAGCUUCUCUUCGUAGCAAGUAUGUGCACAAGCUGAUCAUGUGGAGAGCGGUUUUGUCUUUGGUGGAGGUGGACGUGCUGACGUGGUUGUAUGCCCUUGUGCUAGUGGGCCUGGUGACAGGAAUUUGCCUCUCCCUUGACUGGGUAAAUGGACAAGCCAUGCAAUGCUUUUGCUCCUGGACCCUUGCGGCAUUUGCCUUUGCCCUCUCAAUCGUCUUGGAGGAGGACACUUAUGAGCUAACUCCACGAGUACCUGAGGAUCCUCGACAAAUUCUCCGCAUGUUCUCGGGGACAUCCAUCCAGAUGCUGCGGAGGGCCUCAUUCCUGGAUUCCACACUGGCACCGGGUGAAAGCCGGGGAGGUAGGCGGUAUCGCCCGCGCUGUCCGGGGGUGGAAGGCUCGGAGGUGCCCCGCAUCCAAGAAGCCAAACCGAAAGAAACGAGCAACUUUCUGCUUGUCCAACAGUACACGGGUGUUUUCAAACUGCUUUGCUUCCUACAAGCAGCCAUUGUCGCUUCCCUCAUGGUCAAUUGGUUGAAUGGCAGUAUCCAUGGCUGGGACCGAGUGGUGCCUUUCACACUUGCCUGGGCAGAAUGGCCAUUGAUGCUAUAUGUGCUGAUUCCAGAUUUAGUUCGUCGUCUCACUGUCAGAGCUGUUGUGACACGCACUCAAACCAACAACUGGUUCGUCGAUAAGCAACGUGGUCUUGUGAGGAAGGUCAGAAUCACUGGUAUUGAAGGGCUCCUGCGUGGCUGCACGCGGUUGAUCCACUUGCAGGGCAUGGAAGCUAAAGCCGUGAUGAACGGUGAACCUUGGGCCCAGAGUAAAGCCAGUGCCCAGGCUUUGACAGGAAGAUCUGCUGAGUCUUUGAAGAAAAUUGCAAGGGCAUCUGCCAGAGAGAACGUGAAACGAGGGGGUAAGAUCUUCGACCAGAUCUCACCAAACUUGAAAACGGAAGUGUUUAGUGUGUUUGCCAGUUGGGACGUCCGAAAUCAAAGCGCUGUUGCCGCUUCUGAGCUGGCCAAAAACAUGGAGUUGCUGGGCUUUGUGGCAACAGCCGACCGCGUUGCUCACAAUCUGAUCAGGCUGGUGGAUGAUGAUGGAAGUGGACUACUCACUUGGAGGAAAUGCAGAAGCUUGUUCAUGUUAGCAACAGCUGCCCGCCCCAUGGAUGAACGACGCCGAGAUUUGGAGGCUUUCUUUUCAAGAAUCCAAAAGGACAGUCCUCGCCGCGCAACUGUUUUUGAGAUAGCAACAGCUCUGCCACUUCAGAUCAGAGACGAUGACCUGGCGACCUUGAUGUAUGUGUAUUUUGGGCGGGUCAAGCCAUCUGUGACCAGAGCCGAGUUCGUUGAAUGGGUAGAGGCCAUUGAGAUGUCUGGGGUCCUCUCGAAACGUGAAGCUUGA